CCGUCACACACGAUCGUCAAUAUUGUCAUAUCAGCGCAUCCUGCUUCAACUUCACUCUUGCGCCUGAUCAAUCGUCUCCAGACUGAGCCACCAUCAUCAUGGACGACCAAGCUUAUCUCGAGCCGGGUUUCAACCCGGCAAGCCUGACGAUGCCUCGAUUGCGGAACAUCCUUGUCAUGCACAACAUUUCUUAUGCUUCAUCUGCAAAGAAGCAAGAGCUGGUCGACUUGUUUAACAAUAAUGUUCUUCCACAGGCUCGAAAAUUGCGCACAGCUAGCUCACGAGUCAAGCGCAACAGCAAAGGCAUCGAGGACAUGACCACUGGAAGAUAUGCUCGGGAUGAGGAGGACGAUGAAGAAGAGGAAUCAGAGCCAGUCCGUGCACCACAAACGCCUUCUGCUCGGGGCAGUCGUCGGACAACCCGUGCGCGCACUGAGGAGGCCCAAGAAGUUCCUGCGACAUCCCGAUCGAUGAGGCAUAGUACUGCCCCACCAGAAUCAAUGACGCCUAGGAGAAGUUCCAGCAAGCAUGCGCGUGCGUCAGAAGUCAUUCGUGAGGAGCCUGAGCCGAAACGACCAUCGUCUUCACGCAAGUCGAGAGCGGAGUUGAUGACUCCGGUGGCGAAAGCCGAUUCAGAGGAUGACCAAAGUCCAUUUACACAUGACAAUGUCUUUCAAAGCGGUGGUUCACCUCCUACUGCGCGGGUUCUCGAUUCUGCUCGUCGGCGCACAACUCUGGGACCUAUCCGUGACACAGACCGGAAGAGCCGAGAAGUGCGCCGACAGACUGAAGCGUUCCGUCCUACUCGUCCUCAGAACGAUGGCGCUGUAGUGCCAUCGCGGAGAACAUUUGACAUGCCGGUUGCUGUGAUUAAAAAGGAGGAUGAACUGGAGCCCACUGAGGAAUUCACUCCGGAAGAGCAACUCGAUCUCGUACAGGCAACACAAUCUGGAGCAGUAGUCCCCACCAAACGACCGAAAAGAAAAUCAACCGCCGCAGGUACUCAAGGUAUCAGUGUUAUCUCAUUCAUCAUGCUCUUGCUAUCCGCAUUCGUCUGGCGACAGGAAAAGUUGGAGGUCGGCUAUUGUGGAGUUGGACACCCUUCGACGGAGCUUGCUGGAGUGGAGAUCCCUGAGUGGGCUGAUGCCGUCCGGCCGCACUGCGAACCAUGCCCACCGCACGCUUUCUGCGGCGAGCAGUUACACACCGAAUGCGAGAACGGGUUUGUGCUGGCACACCACCCGCUUUCGCUUGGCGGUUUGAUUCCCCUGCCACCUACAUGCGAACCGGACAGCGCCCGAGCGCGGAAAGUCAACGCUGUCAAAGAACGCGCUGUAGAGGAGCUCCGAGAACAGAGUGCCAAAUAUGAAUGUGGAGAGGCGUCGAAAGCAGAGAUUCGCGAAACGGACCUUAAACGUGCGAUCGCGACGAAACGACGCAAGGGUAUGACGAAUGAAGAAUUUGAAGAUCUGUGGUCGAGUGCCAUCGGAGAGAUUGCUCGAGUGGAGGAGAUUGUUAGCGGAUCUGACGGAUCCGGCCACGCGACCCUCCGCUCUACCAGCCUCGCGCGCGUCCCCCUCAGCUGCGCCAUCCGUCGAUCGCUACUCCUCACACUUAGACAGUAUCUUUGGCAACUUAUAGGUUUAUUGUCCUUGUUAUCUACUGGCUUCUACGGUCGUCAUCGCCUGAUCACAUCUCGCGCAACCGAUGCUCGCGCCAAACUUCUCGCAUCUCAAGCCAUGGACCAACUCAGUCUACACGCCAGCCUCCACGCGCAGGAUCCCGCAGUCUUCCCUGAAGCUCACAUGAGCAUGGCCCAACUUCGUGAUGAUCUCCUCCGGACAGACUUCUCUGCCGCACGACGGAAAGUUCUGUGGGAGAAAGUCCAGAAGAAAGUCGAGGCGAACUCCAACGUACGCCCCAUGGUCCGGGAAUCGCGCACCGGCGAUGUCGGACGUGUGUGGGAAUGGGUGGGUGCGACGAAAUACAUCGAAAGCCCUGCCGAUCACCGCAGGAAGAGUACAGGUGGAAGAGUCAGCUUUGCCGAAGAAAACCGGUAUCUCGACCCUCCAUCGCCCGCUCCUCCGAUCAAAACAGUUGCUACAACGAAAACCUCGUCUUCUGUUGCAGGGAGUAGCAGUUCUGCUUCUGCUACUGUUGCGCCACCAAAGAAGAAGACAGGAUUCUUGGGAAGGUUUCAGGAGAGGAGGUCAUAUUUUUAAUUCCUUCUUGGUUUUUGCUUCAACUUGUUUCGCAGCUGACGUAUUCCCUCCCCAUGCAGCUUAUCGCUGUUCGAUUUAUGUAUUUACAUGACUUUCAAGUCUAUUUCUUAAUUUGCAAGGAUGAAUGGCAGAAAGACCGCCGAAAGGCUUCGGCCAGGGCCAGGAAGUAUCACAUGCUGCUUGGACUUGAUAUUUACG